GCAGGAAGUGACUCGCAGCCGCUGCGGGGACUCUGGCUCCAGGCUCCUGGCGAGAUCCCCGAGCCCCGGCGGCUGGUGCUGGGAGCCCGGAGCCCGGGCUGCAGCCGGGAGAGGGGAAUCUCCAGCAGGGCCCUUCCCGCUGCUCCAGGAGCCUCUCCCAGGGCAGAGCCCCCAGCCCGGCCAGGCCCCUGCCCCAGGGGGCCCCGCUCGGAGGGAAGGCUGAGGAAACACAUCUAGACUUUGUUCCAGAUCAUCCCAUCUUCCAGGGGACAGGGAAGGAAAAUGGCUGUGAUGGAGCUAGCUCAGAUGCAGGUGACCUUCGAGGAGGUGGCUGUGUAUUUCACCCAGAGGCAGGGGGAUCUGCUGGACCCCGCUCAGAGAGCCCUCUACAGGGACGUCAUGCAGGAGAACUAUGAGAUGGUGACCUCACUGGGAUUCCCCAUUCCCAAACCUGACUUGAUCGCCCGGCUGGAACGAGGGGAAGAGCCGUGGGUCCCGGAUCUCCAGGACUCCAAGGAAAGGGAGAGCCCGAGAGGCACCAGCACAGCAGGUGAUAGGACAGUGAGUGAGAAAAAGGAGGAGAAUCAGCAGCAUGAAGGUCCUGGGAAAGUGGAACUGCAGGAGACAUUUUUGAGAAAAGCUGAAGGGAAUUUUUCCCAGCGCUUGGAGCAGGGAAAUGCCUGGGGAGAUCGACAUAGAUCAGAGAUGCAGCUGAGAAACUUUCCCGGGAAGAAACUGGAUGAAUCCAUUCAACGUGGCAGAGGAUGCAAGGAUCCCAAGGAAACCACAGUCCAGCAGACAAGUCACAAUGAAGAGAAACCCUACGAAUGCCUUGACUGUGGAAAAAGAUUCCGUUUUAGUGCAAAACUUAGUACACAUCAGAGAACCCACACAGGAGAGAAGCCCUAUAAAUGCUUGGACUGUGGGAAGAGCUUCAGUAAGAAGCCAAGUCUUAUUAUACACCAGAGACCCAAUACAUGCCUCGACUAUGGAAAAAGUUUUAGCAAAAGUUCAUCCCUUAUUAAAAAUAUGAGAAUCCACACAGGAGAAAGACCCUAUAAAUGCCUUGAGUGUGGGAAAAGUUUCCGUUUGAAAUCAACUCUUAAUAUGCAUCAGAAAACCCACACGGGAGAGAAACCCCAUAAAUGCUUGGACUGUGGGAAAGCUUUCAGUCAGAACUCAUACCUUAUUGAACAUAGGAGAAUCCACACAGGAGAGAGACCGUAUAAAUGCCUUGAGUGUGGGAAAAAUUUCAUUUGUCGUUCACACCUUGCUAAACAUAGGAGAAUCCACACGGGUGCCAAACCCUAUAAAUGCCUCGACUGUGGGAAAAGUUUCAUUGACAGUACAAAACUUAUUAGACAUCAGGCAAUCCACACAGGAGCGAGACCCCAUAAAUGCUUGGACUGUGGGAAAAGCUUCAUUCAGAAGAUACACCUUAUUACACACCAGAGACUGCACACAGGGGAGAGACCCUAUACAUGCCUUGAGUGUGGGAAAAGUUUCAAUUUGAAAUCAACCCUUAAUACACAUCAGAAAACCCACACAGGAGAGAAACCCCAUAAAUGCUUGGACUGUGGGAAAACUUUUGGUCAGCGCUCACAGCUUACUAAACAUAGGAGAAUCCACACAGGAGAGAGACCGUACAAAUGCUUUGAGUGUGGGAAAAAUUUCAUUAGCCGCUCACACCUUAUUAAACAUCAGAGAAUCCACACAGGUGCCAAACCCUAUAAAUGCCUCAACUGUGGGAAAAGUUUUGUUGACAGAACAAAACUUACUAGACAUCAGGCAAUCCACACAGGAGAGAGACCUCAUAAAUGCUUGGACUGUGGGAAAAGCUUCAGUAAGAAGUCAAACUUUAUUAGACACCGGAGACUGCACACAGGAGAAAAACCCUAUAAAUGCCUUGAGUGUGGGAAAAGUUUUAGUCAAACUUCAAACCUUAUUUCACAUCAGAGGACCCACACAGGAGAGAGACCCUAUCAAUGCCUUGAGUGUGGGAAAAGUUUCAGUUUGAAAUCAACCCUUAAUACACAUCAGAAAACCCACACAGGAGAGAAAACCCAUAAAUGCCUUGACUGUGGGAAAACUUUCAGUCAGAGCUCACAGCUUACUAAACAUGGGAGAAUCCACACAGGAGAGAGACCAUAUAAAUGCCUUGACUGUGGGAAAGAUUUCAAGGAAAGUUCAUCCCUUACUAAACAUAGGAGAAUCCACACAGGAGAAACACCCUACAAAUGCCCUGAGUGUGGGAAAAGUUUUAGUCAGAGCCCACACCUUAUUGCACAUCAGAGAAUCCACACAGGAUUACGACCCCAUAAAUGCCCUGAGUGUGGGAAAAGUUUCAUUUGCCGUUCAAACCUUAUUAAGCAUCAGAAGAUCCACACUGGUGACAAAUCCUAUAAAUGCCUCGAUUGUGGGAAAAGUUUCCUUGACAGAACAAAACUUAUUACACAUCAGGCAACCCAUACAGGAGAAAGACCCCAUAAAUGCUUGGACUGUGGGAAAAACUUCCUUCAGAAGUCACAACUUAUUAGACACCAGAGAGUGCAUACAGGAGAGAGACCCUUUAAAUGCUUUGACUGUGGGAAAACUUUCAGGCAGCACUCACACCUUAUUACUCAUCAGAGAAUCCACACAGGCGACAAACCCUAUAAAUGCCUUGACUGUGGGAAAAGUUUUGUUUACAGAACAAAACUUACUAAUCAUCAGAAAACCCACACGGGAGAGAAACCCCAUAAAUGCUUGGACUGUGGGAAAACUUUCAGUCAGCGCUCAUACCUUACUCGACAUGGGAGAAUCCACAUGAGGGAGAGACCUUAUAAAUGCCUUGAGUGUGGGAAAAGCUUCAGUAAGAGCUCAGAGCUCACCAAACAUCAGAAAAUCCACAAAGGUGAGAGACCCCAGCAAUAGCCUGACUGC